CAACAUUUCAGUUUUGACUUUCUCAACAGUCACUAACCGAGUGAAACCAAAAGGAAAAAAAUAUUUGAUUUAAAUAAAAUUUUAAAACAAAUAAGAAAACUAUUUUCUUUUGUUUAAAAAAUAAAGUGUUAAAAUUUCAAUUAUUUUAUAAAAAAAGCUUUAAAAGUGUUUUUCUAAAAAACCAAAAAACAACACCAAGUGUUUAAAAAAUUUACCAAAAAAUAAGAAAAUUUUAGUGUUUUUAUUAAAAAGUUAUAUUCAAUCAUCAUGUCUGCUUCACCAACUGCCCGUCAAGCCAUGCAUGUUCCACAAAAAACCAAGAAAAUCACCAUUACGGAUCCCAUCCAAAUGCCGGAAGUUUAUUCUUCAACACCCGGUGGUACUUUGUACUCAACAACACCCGGUGGCACUAAAUUGAUUUAUGAACGUGCAUUUUUGAAAAAUUUGCGCCAAUCACCCUUAAGUCAAUCGCCACCCACUAAUAUACCCAGCUGUUUGAUGAGAGGUACACCACGCACACCCUUCCGCAAAUGCGUGCCACCACCAUCGGACCUCAGCAAGAAGGUGGAAUCAUUGAAGAUUGAGGAGCAAGAACAAUUUCAAUUGGAAUUGUAAAUUUUACAUUUAAAAACAAAAAAAGUAAUAACCCAAAAAAACCACUUGUAAAAUAAGCAAAAAUCAAAAUUCCUGCCACUUAACA